AUAAAAAUCUAUUGUUAAAACCCUAGCACUGCGCGCGCUGACGCACAUCUCCGACUCCGGCUGGGCUUGCGUCGUCGAGCGCGAGAUCGAGGAAGGAGAGGCCAUGAGAGAUCUCCAGGUCUCGUUCAGCCAAACCCAGCGUGUGCGCUUCCAAUCGGCUCUCCAGCAGCUCAAGGACCUCUCUCCUGGCUCCGGCCCCGCCGCCACCGUCGUCGUCGCUGACUCCAUACCUGUCAACCUCGAGGACAGCGUUCUCAAGGGUCAUGGAACGGCGGAGUCUGACGGGCAGCUUGUGGCUACUGUCUGCGGUGUUGUUGAGCGAGUGAACAAACUUGUCUAUGUCCGUCCUUUCAGAGCCAGGUACAAGCCGGAAAUUGGAGAUAUUAUCGUUGGGCGCGUUAUUGAGGUUGCUCCAAAGCGUUGGAGAUUGGAGAUAAAUUUCAGUCAGGAUGCAGUAUUGAUGCUUUCAUCUAUGAACUUACCUGAUGGUAUUCAGAGACGGAGAACUGCAGUUGAUGAACUGAAUAUGCGAAGCAUCUUUGAAGAAGAUGAUGUUAUUUGUGCUGAAGUUCGUGGAUUUCAACAUGAUGGAAGUUUACAACUUCAAGCAAGAAGCCAGAAAUAUGGAAAGCUCGAGAGAGGUCAGUUGCUUACAGUGCCUCCAUAUCUGGUUAAACGGCGCAAACAACAUUUCCACCAUCUCGAAGAUGACGGGGUUGACUUGAUUGUUGGAUGUAAUGGAUAUAUCUGGGUGGGUGAACACCUCGAGACUGGGGAAAAUGUCAUGCUAGAAGACCAAGAUAACCAUAUGGAGAAAGAUGGCAAGUCGAAUCUAAAACUAAAGGGUGAUCAAGAUGAAGAGGGAACAUUCACCUCAGUGGAAACAAGACGCAGUAUAUGCCGUAUCGCAAAUGCAAUUCGGUUAUUGUCGGCUUUGGGUUUCACACUCUCCCUUGAAGCAAUCAUUGACACUGUUGAAUUGAGUUUUGCAUCAAAUAUCAGUGUAAAAGACAUGCUUGCGGCCGAGUUCUAUGUUCAGACAGCAGAGAGGGAGGUCGAACGUCGAGUUUCUAAGUUAAGAAAGAAGGCUUAGUCAAAAUGGGGAUCGAAAUCAUCGCUAUUUUUCUUUUUUGAUGUCAGUUUAUUUUUUAUUUUUACUGUCUGUUUGUGUUCUAGCUCAUCAAAUAUGAAGGAUCUGGAUUAUAGAAAGUUGUUGAGUUAUGCAAUCAAUUUUGAGAAAUAUUACCCUGUUUGUACCAUUUGUAUGAUUGCUAAGUGCAUUUGAAGGCAGAUGAAGUUCUACUUA